GCAGGCUCCACACCAUCAGCACGGAGCCUGAUGCAGGGCUCGAACUCACAAACCAUGAGUUCAUGACCUGAACUGAAAUCAAGAGUUGGAUGCUUAGCAGACUGAGCCACCCAGGAGCCCCAUUGCUCUUUUAAAGAGCUGUCAUAAUUGUAUUUGUGUUUAAGUCUUUUCUCAAAUCUCUGAUUUUCUUUUUGCUUCAUAUUUAAAAUGAUUUUUUGAUAUAUUUUCCAAUUACUUAUUUUUAUUUAUGUAAUCUCUACACCCAACGUAGGGCUCAGAUUCACCACCCGGAGAUCAAGAGUUGCAUGCUCUUCCAACUGAACCAACCAGGCGUCCCUAAUCUUCUUAAUAUGUCGUCUGUCUGGUUGUCAACUAUGGAAGCUACAUAUUCCCUGCUUAAUAACAGAUCAUCUCUUCGCUUGAUGUCGUCUAACAAAUUGCCUGGAUCAUCUGGAUCAAAUAUGAUCUAUUAUCUGGUUGUAGGUGUCACAGUCAGUGCUGGUGGAUAUUAUACUUACAAGACAGUCACAUCAGAGCAAGCCAAACACACGGAACAUGUAACAAAUUUGAAAGAAAAAACCAGAGCAGAGUUACAUCCACUCCAAGGUGAAAAAGAGAACCGUGUGGAAGCUGAGAAAGCAAGUUCAGAAGUCCCUGAAGCAUCUUUAGUGGAAGUACAGGAGGCAGAUGCAGAAGAUACCCCGGAUGCUACAGGUGCAGCCACGAGAGAGGCUUCAGCCCGUCCAGGUGAUUUGGAGGACGCUCUGGUGGAGACAGACACGGUCGGUGCUGAAGCUGGGGCAGAGGUUACAAAUGCAGCACCCAGCACAGUGGCAGAAAUCAGCACUGAAAUGCCCUCAGAGGUUCAGAAUGCAGCUUUGGAUGAAGCUGUUGCCAUCAGUAAUGAUAAGGGGACAACAGAGAAGGAACACUCUGGUGAAACUGCUGAACUGGAAGAAGAGAGUCCUCCAGCUGAGUCAGAAUCCUCUGCUGGGGAUGAUUUACAGGAGGAAGCCAGUGUUGGUUCUGAGGCAGCCUCUGCUCAAGGCUGAUCUCAUGCUGAGUGACACCUCAGUGAAAAAGGCCAUAGAGUAUCUGAUAGGUGCUUUUGUAGUUUCAGUAAUCUUAGUUUUAAAAUAGGCUUCUUUUCUAGAAACCUUUAAUGUGCCUUGAAGAUUUUUGGCAUCUACUGAUAGAUUUCAGGAUUGAGAGAUUUGAGACUUUACAUGUCUGAAUAGUUUCCUACUCUCUGAGUUCAGAACAUGACAUUGCAGUAAACAGCUUAAAGAGUUCCAUCUCUGAAUUUAAGUUUUACAUCAUAGCAGUUGAGCUACCUGCAUUCACUUUAAUUUUGCUAGACCUGUACCUUAUUUUAAUGUUUGUGAUUCUAGAUUCUUGAGUUUUGAUUUGAACUCAUUUAAAUAAAAUUGGAAAAUCUUCAGUG